UCCCCUGCCGAAUUUUAGCGCGUGGGGGUGGAGGGGCAGUUGGCAGGGACACAGGCUGCAGAGACGCCCGUGCCUCCGUCUGCAUUGGGCUGACACCCAUUCAGAGUGGGGAUUUUCCUAGUUGCCAGAGAUACGAUUUGACAUUGCUGUAGUUUUGUUGCUUACUCCUCUUGCGAUCUGCAGUGGCGUGAUUACCCCCUUGUGUUUUGUUUGUUUUUUGUUUUUGUUUUCUUCUCUCUUUGAAAAGAUAACAAUGCUGUGCUCGGCAGAAAUGGAUACAGGAAGAGCAGCGUAGUUCAAGGAUUAAGGGAGAGGCAUCUUCUCUCUUUUCCUGGGAUUUUAAAGGCGAUUGUAGAAGGGCAGAUGCCCUACCCGAAAAGGCCAGCCUGUGCACACCCCAGCGGUGUCGUGGUCCAAGGCGUCUCAAAGCAGGUGGCCGAUCUGCGUUCCUCAUCAGCGGACUCGCUCCCGCUGUGGCUAUUACGGAACUGAUGCGUGUGCGCGUGGUGGGCCAUUAUGCUGCUGCACCUGUGUAGUGUGAAGAAUCUGUACCAGAAUAGGUUUUUAGGCCUGGCUGCCAUGGCGUCUCCAUCUCGAAACUCCCAGAACCGGCGCCGGUGCAAGGAGCCACUCCGCUACAGCUACAACCCUGACCAGUUCCACAACAUGGACAUCAGGGGCGGCCCCCACGAUGGUGUCACCAUACCCCGCUCCACCAGUGACACUGACCUGGUCACCUCGGACAGCCGCUCCACGCUCAUGGUCAGCAGUUCCUACUAUUCUAUAGGGCACUCGCAGGACCUGGUGAUCCACUGGGACAUCAAGGAGGAGGUGGACGCAGGGGACUGGAUUGGCAUGUACCUCAUAGAUGAAGUCUUGUCUGAAAACUUUUUGGACUAUAAGAACCGUGGAGUCAAUGGUUCUCAUCGGGGACAGAUCAUCUGGAAGAUUGAUGCCAGCUCUUAUUUUGUGGAACCUGAAACUAAGAUCUGCUUCAAAUACUACCAUGGAGUGAGUGGAGCCUUGCGAGCCACCACCCCCAGUGUCACGGUCAAAAACUCAGCGGCUCCUAUUUUCAAAAGCAUUGGCUCAGAUGAGACCACCCAAGGGCAAGGAAGUCGGAGACUGAUCAGCUUUUCUCUCUCAGAUUUCCAGGCCAUGGGGUUGAAGAAAGGGAUGUUUUUCAACCCAGACCCAUAUCUGAAGAUUUCCAUCCAGCCUGGGAAGCACAGCAUCUUCCCUGCCCUCCCUCAUCACGGGCAGGAGAGGAGAUCCAAGAUCAUAGGCAACACCGUGAACCCCAUCUGGCAGGCGGAGCAAUUCAGUUUUGUGUCCUUGCCCACUGAUGUGCUAGAAAUUGAGGUGAAGGACAAGUUUGCCAAGAGCCGCCCUAUCAUCAAGCGCUUCCUGGGAAAGCUGUCGAUGCCUGUCCAGAGACUCCUGGAGAGACACGCCAUAGGGGAUAGGGUUGUCAGCUACACACUUGGCCGAAGGCUUCCAACAGAUCAUGUGAGUGGACAACUGCAAUUCCGAUUUGAGAUCACUUCCUCCAUCCACCCAGCAGAUGAUGAGGAGAUUUCACUGAGCACUGAGCCUGAGUCCGCAGAAACUCAGAGCAGCCUCAUGAACAGCCUGGUGGGAAGCAGCCGCGUAGAACCUCCAGAUGAUGUUCCCAAUCCCUGCGAGAUCUUGAAGGCAGAUCCCUUGAGUGAGGACAACGAGAUGGACGGUGCAGGAAACCAGAGCCUGGAGCCUGCAGGGCCAGUGGAAGAUGUGUCCUGCAUCAUGGAGGCAGGAGACCAGGGCAAGGCCUUUGAAGAACCCGAGGGGGCUGGGGAGCCACAGGACACCCAGCCCACCCUGAGUGCAGAGGAACUGGCCGAAGGGCUUGGCCUGGAUGAGGAGGCACCACCAUCGCUGCUGCUGGAGGAUGGCGAUGCUCUCGCCAACGAGGAGGAGCUGGGGCAAGAGGAAGCAGCUCCCGGGAGCGGGGCAGGAAGGGAAGAGGAGGAAGAAGAGGCGGAGAAGCAGGAGCAGGUGGAGGAGGAGGAGGUGGAGAUGGAAGAGGGCGAGGCUUCCAACCCGGAGCAGGGCGAGCGUGCCUUGCAGCUGCGGGCCUUGGCCAAGAGACGAAGCCGGCCAUGCUCACUGCCGGUGUCCGAGCUGGAGACUGUGAUUGCGGCGGCCUGCGCAGACCCCGAGACACCGCGCACGCACUACAUACGCAUCCACGCGCUGCUGCACAGCCUGCCGUGCGCGCGCGAAGAGGGCGGCGCUGACGAGGAGCCCACGCUGCGCGACGCCUCAGACAAGGACGCGCUCAGCGAGGAGGCCGACACGCUGGCCGCCGACCCACCCGCGCUGGACGAGGACGCAGCCGAGCCCCAGGGUGGCCUUCCAGGCGUGGGGACCCCCGGCCACCCCGAGGGCCUGCUCCCGGGCCCCGAGGGCGAUGCGCAUCCUAGCACGGGGAGUGAGAGCGACUCCAGCCCGAGGCCGGGUGGCGAGCACAGCUGCGAGGGCUGCGAUGCCUCGUGCUGCAGCCCCUCGUGCUACAGCUCCUCCUGCUACAGCACGUCGUGCUACAGCUCCUCGUGCUACAGCGCCUCCUGCCACAGCCCCUCCUGCUACAAUGGUGGCAGCCGCUUCGCCAGCCACACGCGCUUCUCCUCGGUGGACAGCGCCAAGGUCUCCGAGAGCACCGUCUUCUCCUCGCAGGACGACGAGGACGAGGAGAACAGCGCCUUCGAGUCAGUACCCGACUCCGUGCAGAGCCCUGAGCUGGACCCCGAGGCCACCAAUGGCACCGGGCCGUGGCAGGACGAGCUGACCGCGCCCGGAGGGACCGUGGCGAGAACUGCAGAAGGGCUGGAGUCCCCCAUGGCAGGUCCGAGCCAUCGGAGAGAAGGUGAAUGUCCUAUUCUCCAUAAUUCCCAGCCAGUAAGCCAGCUUCCUUCCCUGAGGCCUGAACAUCACCACUACCCAACAAUCGAUGAGCCUCUUCCACCAAACUGGGAAGCUCGGAUUGACAGCCAUGGGCGGGUCUUUUAUGUGGACCAUGUGAACCGUACGACCACCUGGCAGCGCCCUACAGCUGCAGCCACCCCGGACGGGAUGAGGAGAUCCGGCUCAGUCCAGCAGAUGGAGCAGCUCAACAGGCGGUAUCAAAAUAUUCAGCGAACCAUCGCAACAGAGAGGCCUGAGGAAGAUUCUGGCAGCCAAAGCUACGAGCAAGUCCCAGCCGGAGGAGGUGGAGGUGGAGGGAGUGACUCAGAGGCUGAAUCUUCCCAGUCAAGCUUAGAUCUGAGGAGAGAAGGGUCACUUUCUCCAGUGAAUUCACAAAAGAUCACCUUGCUGCUGCAGUCCCCCGCUGUCAAGUUCCUCACCAACCCCGAAUUCUUCACCGUGUUGCAUGCCAAUUAUAGUGCCUACCGAGUCUUCACCAGUAGUACCUGCUUAAAGCACAUGAUUUUGAAAGUCCGUCGAGAUGCACGCAAUUUUGAACGCUACCAGCACAACCGGGACUUGGUGAAUUUCAUCAACAUGUUUGCAGACACUCGGCUGGAGCUGCCCCGGGGCUGGGAGAUCAAGACCGACCAGCAGGGAAAGUCUUUUUUUGUGGACCACAACAGUCGAGCCACCACUUUCAUCGACCCCCGCAUCCCUCUCCAGAACGGCCGCCUGCCCAAUCACCUGACUCAUCGCCAGCACCUCCAGAGGCUCCGAAGUUACAGCGCCGGCGAGGCCUCAGAAGUUUCUAGAAACAGAGGAGCCUCUUUACUGGCCAGGCCAGGACACAGCCUGGUAGCUGCAAUUCGAAGCCAGCAUCAACAUGAGUCAUUGCCCCUGGCAUAUAAUGACAAGAUUGUGGCAUUUCUUCGCCAGCCAAACAUUUUUGAAAUGUUGCAAGAGCGCCAGCCAAGCUUGGCGAGAAACCAUGCACUCAGGGAGAAAAUCCAUUACAUUCGGACCGAGGGUAAUCAUGGGCUUGAGAAGUUGUCCUGUGAUGCAGAUCUAGUCAUUCUGCUGAGUCUUUUUGAAGAAGAAAUCAUGUCCUACGUCCCCCUGCAGGCUUCCUUCCACCCUGGGUACAGCUUCUCUCCCCGCUGCUCACCCUGCUCCUCACCUCAGAACUCCCCAGGUUUACAGAGAGCCAGCGCAAGAGCCCCUUCACCAUACCGAAGAGACUUUGAGGCCAAGCUCCGAAAUUUCUACAGAAAACUAGAGGCCAAAGGAUUUGGGCAGGGUCCAGGAAAAAUUAAGCUCAUAAUUCGCCGGGACCACUUGUUGGAAGGAACCUUCAACCAAGUGAUGGCCUAUUCCCGGAAGGAGCUCCAGAGGAACAAGCUCUAUGUCACCUUUGUUGGAGAGGAGGGCUUGGACUACAGCGGUCCUUCUCGAGAGUUCUUCUUCCUUUUGUCUCAGGAGCUCUUCAACCCUUACUAUGGACUCUUUGAGUACUCUGCGAAUGAUACUUACACGGUGCAGAUCAGCCCCAUGUCAGCAUUUGUAGAAAAUCAUCUUGAAUGGUUUAGGUUUAGUGGUCGAAUCCUGGGCCUGGCCCUAAUCCAUCAGUACCUUCUGGACGCUUUCUUCACGAGGCCCUUCUAUAAGGCGCUCCUGAGGCUGCCCUGUGAUUUAAGUGACCUGGAAUAUCUGGACGAGGAAUUCCACCAGAGCUUGCAAUGGAUGAAGGACAACAACAUCACAGAUAUCCUUGACCUCACUUUCACUGUUAAUGAAGAGGUUUUUGGACAGGUAACGGAAAGGGAGUUGAAGUCUGGCGGAGCCAACACCCAGGUGACAGAGAAGAACAAGAAGGAGUACAUCGAGAGGAUGGUGAAGUGGCGGGUGGAGCGUGGCGUGGUGCAGCAGACUGAGGCACUGGUGCGGGGCUUCUACGAGGUCGUAGACUCAAGGCUGGUCUCCGUGUUCGAUGCCAGGGAGCUGGAGCUGGUGAUUGCUGGUACUGCAGAGAUUGACCUGAACGACUGGCGGAAUAAUACCGAGUACCGGGGAGGCUAUCAUGACGGGCACCUUGUGAUCCGCUGGUUCUGGGCUGCAGUGGAACGCUUCAAUAAUGAGCAGAGACUGAGAUUGCUGCAGUUUGUCACAGGAACCUCAAGCGUGCCCUAUGAAGGCUUCGCAGCCCUUCGAGGAAGCAAUGGCCUUCGGCGUUUCUGCAUUGAGAAAUGGGGGAAAAUCACAUCUCUCCCCAGGGCACACACAUGCUUCAACCGAUUGGAUCUCCCACCAUAUCCCUCCUACUCCAUGUUGUAUGAAAAGCUCUUGACAGCAGUAGAAGAAACCAGCACCUUUGGACUUGAGUGAGGAAACGGAACCUCGCCUUGACAUUUUCCUGGCCAGUGACAUCACCCUUUCUGGGAUGACUCCUUUCCCAUUCCCUUAAUCAACUCUCCUUUGAUUUUGGUAUUCCGUGGCUUUUAUUUUCACACCAAAUCAGGAUUGACAGAGCUGUGCAUGAAGAACUGCCUUCUUCCAAGAUCUCACCUUCAGGCUUCCCUCCUCUGUUUUCAAUGAACUGCUAGCCUGUAUGCAAUAUUAAAAAAACAGCUGUCUCAAGGUCUGUGCAUAUCUCCACAUACCUCCAUUACUAACAAUGAAAUAUGAAUGCAAGUUAUGCUACACUUGACCAAAUGGUAAUAAAUGUUUACUUCCAUUUCUAGCAUAUAAGAGAAAAUUUGAGCAUUUGCAUUCCAAGCUUUUAUACGCCCAUGUCUUCUGAGCAGAGCCACCAUUUUUUUUAAUCAUUUCUAACAAUCAAUUCCAGACCUAGGAGGUGAUCAACUCUGUUUUCCUCCCACUCUACUUUCCCCAUGUGUACUGCCCAUCCAAAGGGCAACAAGCGGCAACACUGAAAUUUUCAUACAUUCAGCUCAUGAUCCAUAGGUGGCGUUAGUCCCUUCAGCCGGAACUAGCCUAGACAAAUGGUGCAAAUAUGACACAUCCAAUAAUUAACAACAUCAAGAAAAACGCGUUCUGCUGAUGUGACACAGUGCAUCCCAAUGAUUGUGGGGACCAUGGGCUCAACUUGAACUCAGAGAAGUUGGGAGGUGGGGGAGCACCCCCAGUAAACACCACACAAGAAGCACAAACUUGUGCACAUGUUUACGAAAGAAAUCUUCACUGAUGUAGGCUGAAGGAUGAGACUUAACCCCCUUGUAUUGUAUAGAAUGUGGUAACCCAAACAGGAGAAAGGAGAGAAAGACAUAGUGCAUUGAUUUGAAUACCUGGCUUCUGUACUGUUUUGUUUGGUCUAGGUAUAGUUCUUCACAACAGAAAAAAAGAUGGAUAUAUAAUUUCAUGACUUUCGUUAAAGCCAAGUUUACUUACUUGGCAAGUGAACCUUAUUUUUUCUUUCAGCUGAUUUUUUCAGACUUUCUUCUUUUUUAAGUCAUGGUAGUCAAGUUCCUCUACAUCUGGUCAUCCACAGGUACCACACUAAGAAGCUGCAGAGAGUGACGGUGCUUGUUAGGGGUCAAGGGCAACAUGUCCUUCUCCUCCAUCCACAGCAGUCCUCCAAAGGCAUGUCUGUUUGUGUCAAAAUAAAUAGCCAGUUUCGUUUAGCAUUCAGUCAAAAGAUAACUUCAAAAACUGUGUUUUCAGAAAAACAGUUGCAGGCUCUAAAGACAGCCUCACUACUUGAUUACAUCUGAGAUAACCCCAACCACAGUGGCCAUUUGCUAUUUUUGUAACCUUGUUAUCCAUGUUGUCUGAAAUAUGUCAAAAAUGAAAGUGUUUUUCUUCACUGGGAAAAGAAAAAGAGACCUGAAUUUGUAAAUGUCACAUUAUUUUCAAUAUAUUAGAAGAUGGAGAAAUGUGAAAAAUGUAAGACAAAAUUAAUUUCAGGUGAAGCUAUGUCUUGUGGCUCAUUAUACCAGUUUGUAUAUGGAUAGGGAAUUAUUUGUGUUCCGUGUACUCCAAAAUAAAAUAAAACAAAAAUAAACUCUAAAGCAGAAUAAAACUCUAAAAUAAAAUAGAAUUAGUUACAAUGCCCAGCACCACUUGCUGCUGUUUUUCUGUUGUCAGUCAGGGAGUAUAUGUUACAGAAAUUUAACCUAUAUCUAUUAUUACCUAAAAAGAAUAUUUACCAACAUGGGAUGGAAUGUGUAAGUCACAUGGUACAGAAUUUGGGGAAUAUGUAAAAUUCAGUACACAUUUCAGUAUCUGAAAAGUAAUUGAUUCCAGUGCAGCUGUUAUGUAUGAAAUCAGAAUAUUAGGAUUGUGUAAAUCAUUUUAUCAUAUCCUUAUCUUAAUUCUUCACACAGUAUCACUAAUAUGGCGGGCAUCUUUGAUCUUUAGAAUUUGGUAUUUUACAUCCAUAAUCAUUAAUUCAAACAUUCAACUCUUUUUUAGUACUGUUUUUCUUUGUGGUACUGAGGACUGAACCCAGGAUGCUCAUACUGAACUACAUCCUCAGCCCUUUUUUUAUUCUCUCACUACUGGGGAUAUAAUCUAGGGCCUUUGCACUGAGCUGCAUCCCCAGAAUUUUUGCUUUUUUUAAUUUUUGAGAUAGAGUCUCAUUAAGUCACUAAGUUGCCUGGGCUGGACUCAAACUAGCGAUCAUCCUGCCUCAGCUUCCCAGAGUGCUGAGAUUACAGGCAAGCACCACCACACCCACCUUUUUUUUAGUACUUAUAUUAUUUGUCAGGCAUUGGAAAGGAAGAAAAGUGCUCAAAAGACAGAAUCUGUCCCUGGAGGGCUUUACAACUUACAUAAAUAUCUACUUAAUUUAUUAUAUUAGUUAAUAUUUACCAUAUACAGAAGGAAUAGGUUAUCAUAAAAAUUAUACAUAAAUAUGUAACAUGGGUGUUAGUGAUUUUUAACUAACUUUUCCUUAUCCACCACUUCUACCACAGAUGCCUUACCCAAGAUGUCGCUCACCAAGUGUAACAGGAACAUCAUUUCACAAAAGUGCAAAAUGCUAUAAAGAGAUACUGUUGUCAAAGUUGCCUGAGAAAAUGUGAAGUUCGCCUAACUUGACUCCAGUGUUCCAUUUGAGCCUUUCUUGAAGGAAGAAAAUCAGAGUGAAUUAACGCUCAGAAACCAGUCCUUUUACCUAAUACCUAGGGCUGAUUGUAAAACCAUGUGUAAUUUUCUCAUAUAUACAAUGAAAUAGCUAUAAAACUAAAUUUUUCCAUUAAUUUCACCAGAUGGAGCUGUGAACCACCUCAAAUAAAAUAAUUUAAAGGGUAAGGCAGAUCUAUUUGUUGCAAUAUGUACUUGUUUUUUAAACUUAAAGCAUGAAUUUUCUUCGUGAAAAAAGGUUGCAAAAUUAAUCACUUAUAAGUCACAACCCCUCUAAAACAAGAUUAUAUUUUAGCAAGAGCUUUAGUAAAAGUGUAAGACUCUUUGUUGAGGGACAAGCAAGAAUGAUAAGAGAAAAUUUAUGUUACAAUUUUGAAAAAUGCUUUAAGGUAUUACAAUAAUUUCAUGGAUGCCACAAACAUUUUACUCUAAAAUACUAAGUGAAUAAUGCCAAAAAUAAAAGGCAAUUCUGCAGGGUCAGAAGAAGCAUUCUAGAUCUACUACUGAAUUCUUUGUGACUUCCUCUGUAUAUAAAUGGACAGAAGAUGUGAAAAAAUUUUACUACUAUCACUUUGUAGCACAAAAAUUGAAGGGAAGGUGGUGAGAAAAUUAAGAAGAAAAGAUAUAUGAUUUCUUGGCAGGAUUUAAAUAUGCAGUAUUUAAAUCUUUUUCCUUUUAAUACAUGAUCACAUGUCCUUUAACUGUAAGAACACUUGUGCGGCAAGCCAGUGAAUUUGGUUUUUCAGGACAGUUCUAAUGUAUCAAUAGGAUUGUCAGUCCACGUGUCAAACCCUGUGCAUGAAAUUUGGGUUCGGAACAUUUCUCAAAGGCCACAAAUGUUUUCCCAGUCGAGAUGAAAACACUUUCAAAUGAAAGUAGUUAGAACUUUACGUAACAAAUGUGGUGCUUUAUUAUGUAUUUCAGUGUUCAUGAUUAAAACGACUGCAAUAUUAUAUCAUUAAAAUCUGGGAUGGAUAUUCCCACCAUCACAAGGUACAAAAGAGAAAGUGUUAUUUUCUUGUUAGUGACAUGUAGUCCCUUUGUUCUAGUAGAAAAAAACAAAGGUGCCUAGAGGUAGGUAGUAUAUAGAGUAAAUAUUGUUCCAUUAGCCUACUUCCUGCAGCUUCAAGUUUAUCUAAGGAAACGUCUAUAACAAUUUUGUUAAAAAGUCUUUGUUCUAGUCAUAGCAGGAGAAGUCCACGUCACUGGACUGAUUUUGCUUGCAUUGACAAAAGAAAUGUCACAUGAUACUCAGGCCACGCUUUCUCUUCCAUCCUACCACCUUCAAGGAAUGUCAAUAAACUCACUUUGGUAUGUCA